AUGAGUGACCCAAGACUCAAGACCGCCUUCGACGGAAUGAACGCGCGAAGACUUCGAGAACUCCUCAACAAGCUGUGUGAGUGUGGAAAGUUUACUAUUCAUGAUUCGAUGGGUAAAAUCGAGGUCGAUGACCGCAACAUCAUCAUCUCGAAUGGAUUCAUCGACCUUACUCAAAGCGACGAUAGCGAUGGCGAGGGCGAGGAGAACAAUAAUGGCGAGCUUGGAAGUUACAACGACAACGAGGACGAGCUUGCUACGGAAAAAGGAGACGAUGAAGAAGUUACAAUCGUUGACAGCGCGAGAUGGACUGAGCUUGAAGCUGCGGAGAUAAAUCAACGAGCGGGCACAAUGGGGGAGCAAAAGAUAGACGAAGCAAUUGGAAUAGUCAAAUCGCCAGAUCAAGACACAAACAAAGGCAACGAUGAAGUACACAGCGAGGAGGAAUCGGAGACUUACUCAUUGGACAAUUCUGAUGAUGAGAAAGAUGUGCCAGCUUUACGAAAGAGCGAGAUCAAGGAAUUGCUUUUAUCAAAGAAAGAUUACCUAGAGGAAAUUUACGCUGAAAAGGAGAAAAGAUUGCGACUUUUGGUCGCUUCAAAGAAGAGAAACUUGAAGAUAUUUGAGUGCGAAAACUGUGGCUCCGACUUCAAUAUCGAGGAAAACAAAAAGGGAGAUUGUUCGUUCCAUCCAGGCGAGAGAGAACUAGAUGAGAAUUAUGUGGAGGAUUAUCAUUAG